AUGGAUCAGCUCGGUCCCGACAGGAAGUCCUGUCUCAAACGUCACGGAGGAUCUUCACCGGGACAAGUUGAGGAUUGUAUCCGUCACGGUUUAAAUUUUAUCUCGGUUAUUUUUAAUCCGUUAGCUCGGGUUAGCCUCUCCGGGGCUAAAGAAGGACACAUCCUGGAAGCCCCCGGGGAACCGCGGAUAUCCACCCAGCAUGGGUGCUUCGUGACCCGCGGCAGGUGCGAGGAGAUGCCGGGGGAAGCGGCGGCGGCGCCCGGGAGGGUGGUGCUGGUCAAGAAGAUCAUCAUGAAGGACGGAUCCGCGUUCCAGCAGGGUAUCGGCCGACCCAGUGUGUAUCACGCCGUGGUGGUGAUCUUCCUGGAGUUCUUCGCCUGGGGUCUUCUCACCAUGCCCAUGCUCACUGUUUUACAUGAAACGUUUCCUCAGCACACGUUUCUGAUGAAUGGACUCAUUCAGGGUGUGAAGGGUCUGCUGUCGUUCAUGUCCGCUCCUCUGAUUGGUGCGCUGUCGGACGUGUGGGGCCGACGCUCCUUCCUGUUGGUCACCGUCUUCUUCACUUGCGCUCCGAUCCCUCUGAUGAGGCUCAGCCCCUGGUGGUACUUCGCCAUGAUCUCCAUGUCUGGAGCGUUCUCUGUCACCUUCUCUGUCAUCUUCGCCUACGUCUCCGACGUGACGACAGCGAGAGAGAGGAGCACAGCCUACGGUCUGGUGUCGGCGACCUUUGCAGCCAGCCUGGUGACGAGUCCGGCCAUCGGGGCGUAUCUGUCCGCCUGGUACGGGGACAACCUGGUGGUCCUGUUGGCCACGCUGAUCGCUCUGGCCGACAUCGGCUUCAUCCUGCUCGCCGUGCCCGAGUCCCUGCCGGACAAGAUGAGGCUCAACACGUGGGGGGCGCCGAUCUCCUGGGAGCAGGCCGACCCCUUCGCUUCGCUGAGGAAAGUGGGUCAGGACCCGACCAUCUUACUGAUCUGCAUCACUGUGUUCCUGUCGUACCUGCCGGAGGCCGGACAGUACUCCAGCUUCUUCCUCUACCUGAGACAGGUCAUAAAUUUCUCCUCCACAACCAUCGCUGUGUUCAUUGGAGUGGUGGGGAUUCUGUCCAUCAUAGCACAGACUCUCUUCCUCACGCUGCUGAUGAGAACUCUGGGUAAUAAGAACACGGUUCUGUUGGGUUUGGGUUUCCAGAUCCUGCAGCUGGCCUGGUACGGCUUCGGAUCAGAGCCAUGGAUGAUUUGGGCAGCAGGAGCUGUAGCAGCAAUGUCCUCCAUCACCUUCCCAGCUGUUUCUGCUCUGGUGUCGCACUCAGCUGAUCCUGACAAACAAGGUGUGGUUCAGGGGAUGAUCACUGGGAUCAGGGGUCUGUGUAACGGUCUGGGUCCGGCUCUGUACGGAUUCAUCUUCUUCCUCUUCAACGUUGAGCUCAACACCAUCGACCCCAUCCAGGGAGAGUUCAACGUCGACCCGCUGCCUCUGGAGAGUCCCACUGAGCGAGCGCUCAUCCCCGGCCCGCCCUUCCUGUUGGGUGCGUGCACCGUGGUGGUCGCCUUCUUCGUGGCUCUCUUCAUCCCAGACAAACCCUCCUGCUCCUCCUCUUCCUCCCACCUGUCCCUCAGCGACAAGCCACACCCGGACAGCAAAGAGUCCAUGUCCUCGCUGGCUGGCGUCCACAUCAACACGCCGCUCCCGGGCAGCGACGAGGAGGCCCCUCCCACCACUAGCGACGAGGACUUUGAGCCUCUGCUGCAGGACAGCAUCGUUUGACGGACAGGUACAAGAGCCACAGAGGGUGGGGCUUACGUUUAUAGUUUCACUGAUUGACAUUUAGCAAAAAAAAGAUGAAGAUUUUUGCCGCAGGGUGGAACUAAGUACUUUCAAAGUCAGACAGCGAGGAGCUCCAACAGCAUUGUUCCUCCACCAGAAGGAGGAGCUAAUGCCACAGGUCAGGAGCAGAGACAGUAACAUCACGUGAGCGACCAAUGAGGACGGUUCUUCAACGAAGGGGCGGGAGCAAAGAGCUGCAAAUAAGAUGUCAUUAUUAUUUUUCUGAAUGGAGGAGACGGAUACAAUUUUGUGAUUGACAGACGGACGUGGGACUCAAACGACGACCACGGGUGAAACCAUCAUGUGAUUGAGAGGACGAGGAACCAGCUGUCAAUCAUGUCAAGAGAGAGAGACGUGCUCGUUCACCUUAAAGCUUGAAGUUGUUGAUUGUUUUUUUUAUUUGUGAUAAACAAGAAAAAAGUAUUUUUACCUUCAGCUGUUUUAUUUUAACGUUGUAUUUUAAUGUCGUGUUUCAUUUUUUACUGUUUUUUGUAUAAAGUCUGCAGCAUAUUUACUUUUUUCCAUAUUUCCAGAGUUUAGGGAUUUGUAUUCUUUUUAAAUGUCUGAGUUAUUGAUGCCAAGGAAUGAAUGUGAAGAUCUGAGAGAUGAGACGACUGAAGUCCAACAUCUUCAAGUAUCUAGUUUAAUGGUCAUUUUCAUUGGUGCAAGCACUGCAUUUUGGGCAUUAGUAUAUUUAUUGCUAAUAUUUUAGGGAAUUACGAGAAACUAAAUCAUUUCAGUUAGAAAAAGGACCUCAGUGUAUAAGCUCCACUCCUGACUUCACCAGGUGUUUGUCACUACCUCAGAUAAAUGUUUUUAAAUCAUACAUAACCUGGAUUCACUCCUUUUCCAUCACUUUUAUUUUUAUAUCAUUGUCACUUUAUGAAACAGCUGCUGGCUGCUGACAGUGGAAAAACCUCAGAGCUGCAAAAUAGUUUUUUAGCUCACUUAAAAUUAUUUUAUGACUAAUGUCACUAGUUGGCAGGACGACACCACAGAGUUGUGUAGCUUGGAUUCAAACUUGUACCAAACCAGAUACUCUUGAGUGUACUUGUACUUAUAUGCGAGGCAGCCAUGACGUGUACACGUAGUUAAAAACAAGUAUAUUUAUGGCAUUGCAAGUGUUUUUCCUUUACACCAUGAGAUCUUUGAACUGGACUUUCUGGUGUGUUGCAGGUUUGAGGUUUUUCUGUCUGACAGCAGUGAAAAUCCUGCGAAUGAAUUUAUACUUGAAGCAUCAGACAGAGAUUCUACGAGAGUUUAACAGAGUUUAAGUGGCACAGAGUUAUUUUCCUUUAUGACCUUAAAAUGUACAUGAAAUAAUGUGAAUAUUUUGGUUUGUAUAUAAUGUAAAAGUGAAGUCUGGUUUAUGAGAAGGUUUCCUUCAGCGUUUUUGUCCUGUGAUGCUCAAUGGCACUAAAACAGUGGGUGGAGGUGGUGGAGGGGGUUCAAUUCCUCUUGUGCAGCUAAACUGUCAAAAAGAAAUUUGUUCAGAUCAGACUUGGGAACAGAUACAUAAUCCCCCCCGCUUCUGUUAUUUACACCUGACUGUGUUUACAUGCACACUGGUUUCUGAUCCUGUCACAUGUUUAUUUUUAUCCCCAGCUUUUAAAUUUCAUUAAUGAAUCCACCACUUUUAUUCAUUUAAACAUUAAAACAUCUGCAUUUCAUUGACUUUUCUUAAUCUGUGCAAAUCUACAGAUGAUAAUUGGGACAUUAGUGUGCAUCUAAAUACUGAAGUGUGAUUUAAUUCAGAUGGUUCAGUGCCAGUGGAACUGUAAAUACAUGGACUGAAUGUAUGUGAGCAAAGCAAAUGUACACAAAGAUUCACUGUAAAUACACUUUGUCUAGUGUCUCGUCUGAAAGUGUACAAGGUUAAUGGAAAUUAAAAAGGAACAACACGA